CCAACACUUUUUUCGAAACUGCGUUUUUCACAGGUUUUGGUACAAUGUAUUAAAAUAUACCUUCGCUUAAAGUUUCAAAGUGAUAGUACCAAAAACAACGGAGUUAAUGCCACUUUUUAAAAAGCCCUACCUGGUUUUGAUACUAUUUUUAUAAUAGUUUUUGCUUCUCGAAUGUAUAUUUAUACAUGUUUAUGUAGUUUAUUUCAGAAAGUAUCCUAUGUAUCCUAUUGCAGUAUUUUGCAUAGGUAAAAUAUUAUUCUAUUUACCGAAAAUGUUUGAGGGUUCGUAUAUACAUAUGUACAUAUGUAUGUAGAUAUGUAUGUGUAAAUAAAUCUACAUACUAUGCAUAUGUACUUCAGCCAACAAGGCCCUAAACAGGUAACCACAGGUAUAUACAUACAUACAUAAAACAAUUAUUUUCAAGAGCCUUGAACAGGUACGAGUGUGGCAGUACAAAUCGCCUGAAUUUAGUAUUGAGCUGUUAGUCAAUGAAGUUUGUUCGAAUAUAGACAUUCAUACAUACUUAUAAAACAGCCAUGUCGGUAUUCACUUUUAAAUAUCUUUUUUUGAUAGUAACGCUCUUUAAAGCUCAACUAAUCUCGACUGCACCGAAUGUGGUUAAUCAAAAACAACAAGCAAAUUUAAGCAUAACUGAGGACUAUAAGACGCUACGUGAUGAUGCCCAAUGGCUUUUCCAGCAUAUUGAACUUAUUGCCGAUUCUUUAGUGCAAAUUUUACCCGCAGUAAAUCGGGAAAGUGGAAGAUCCUUGCAAGGAACAGUUAAUAACGCCACUUUGGUUGAAAACACGCGCCUCACAUUACUCCUGGGACUUCGUCAUGUACUCGUAGGCAUUAAAGAAAUUGCAGUUUCCUUUCAACGUCGCUUAUCGGGUGAUCACGAGCAGCAGUUGAUACACAUCAAAAUGGUCACCCAGCUAAUUCAGGAUAUUCUUCGAUUUGCUAAACAUUUAUUUUCGAUGCUGCGAAACAGUCUUUCCGAAAUUUUCCGCAUUUACAACCGCUAUAUACCCGAGGUGCUGCUCGGGAAAUGCUUUAGCAAAUACAUUACAACAGCAUAUCCAGAUCGCAAUAUUUACGAAUAUCCCUUUAUUCUUACCGGUGAGGUGAUCGAUUUCGCAAUAGCAUAUCUACAGAAUUUACCAAUAUAUGAUGCGGCGAAUCAAAGCCCAAUUUCGAAAUUAGAGACAGCAGAUAUUUCGGAUGAACAAAACGAAAUUUGGCCCAACGAAAUGGAUAAAUAUUCCAGAAGUCUUGAUCUACCAGUGGACCGCAAUGGUCGGCAAACUAGCACAGAGAGCAGUCCACAUCCGUGGCAGAAAUGUUUAAAAAUGUAUGCAGCGGAUACUAUUUCAAGGCAGUUGAAAUUAUUUUUCAUUGGAGAUUAAUC